AUGGCGGGCUCCAUCGAGAUCCCUCUUCGUGAUACUGAUGAGUUCUGCGCACUUUAUUCGUACACUCGUCUGCUGCACUUUCCAAAAGGUGCUAGCGGUUCAAGUCAGACGUGGAGACUUUCAAGUGUCAGGUCUGGAAAGGAUUGGUCCGGUCAUAGAAUUGGACCUUGAUCAGCUACCUGAUGGUGAUGAAGUCAUCAGCAUUCUUCGGCAGGAGCAGGCUCAGCUUUACCUUUGGAACCAACUUGCUUUAGAAUAUUACAAGCAGAAGAAGAUCAAUGAAUUUGUGAGGAUCCUUGAAGUUGCUAGAACAGAUGCCAACAUUGAUUAUCCACAAUUUGAAAAUGACCAGAUGCAGAAUCUGGACAUGUUGGCUGCAUAUUAUGUGCAAUUGGCAAACAAGGAGAAGAAUAAGGAUAAGAAGAGGGAGCUGUUCACCAAAGCAACAUAUUUGUAUACCACAGCAGAUAAGAUCAUCAUGUAUGACCAGAAUCAUUUGUUGGGGAGAGCCUAUUUCUGCCUUCUGGAAGGUGAAAAGAUGGAUCAGGCUGAUGCACAGUUCAAUUUUGUCAUUAACCAGAAUCCAAGCAGCAUUCCAUCCUUGUUAGGAAAAGCAUGCAUUGCAUAUAACAAGAAGGACUACAAGGGAGCUUUAGCAUUCUAUAAGAAAGCCCUGAGAACAAAUCCCAAUUGUCCAGCAGAAGUGCGUCUAGGACUUGGACAUGCAUUUCUCAAAUUAGGCAAUCAGGAGAAAGCAAAAUUGGCAUUUGAGCGUGCCCUUCAAAUUGAUUCACAGUGUGUGGGUGCCUUAGUAGGGCUUGCUAUUUUGGAGCUGAACACAAAGCAAACUGAGUCCAUUCGGAGUGGUGUUCAUCGCCUCUCCAAAGCAUAUACCAUUGACUCCACAAAUCCUAUGGUGCUCAAUCAUCUUGCAAAUCAUUUCUUCUUUAAGAAGGAAUAUGAGAAGGUGCAGCACUUGGCCAUGCAUGCCUUCAGUAACACAGAAAAUGAAGCUAUGAGGGCUGAGAGCUUCUACCAGCUGGCCAGAGCUUUCCAUGUUCAGGGAGACUUUGAUCAAGCAUUUCAGUACUACUACCAAGCUACGACGACAACAACUCAGACCUCUCCAAAUUUUGUUCUUCCUCACUUUGGGCUUGGGCAGAUGUAUAUAUACAGAGGAGAUACGGAGAAUGCUGCCCAGUGCUUUGAGAAAGUCUUGAAAGCUCAACCUGGGAAUUAUGAAACAAUGAAGAUCCUUGGAUCUUUGUAUGCCCAAUCUUCAUCACAAUCAAAGAAGGAAAUUGCCAAGCAGCACCUGAAGAAGGUGACAGAGCAGUGUCCUGAUGAUGUGGAAGCAUGGAUUGAGUUGGCUCAGAUAUUAGAAGGCACAGAUCUACAGGGUGCCUUGAAUGGAUACAUGACUGCCAUUAGAUUGUUGAAAGAUACUGUCCAAGUUGACAUCCCUCCUGAAAUCCUCAACAAUGUUGGAGCUUUGCAAUUCAGGUUGGGAAACCUGGAAGAAGCUAAAGUGAACUUUGAGACAGCUCUUGAGAGGUGCAGGGCAGAAUCAGAGCAUGAUCAACAGUACUACAGUGCCAUCUCUGUCACAACCACGUACAAUCUGGCACGACUCUUUGAAGCCCUAUUUCAGAAUGAUCGAGCUGAAAAAUUCUACAAGGAGAUAUUGAGGGAGCAUCCCAAUUAUGUGGAUUGUAUGUUGAACCUUCAGCAAUUGUAUCAGGGAUAUGUCCUUGUAUGCAUUGAACUUCUUGUCUAUCCAGGUUACCUCAGGCUUGGUUGCAUGGCACGGGACCGAGGUCAGAUUUAUGAUGCUUCAGAAUGGUUCAAAGAAGCAUUGCAGAUUAAUAAUGAGCAUCCUGAUGCCUGGUCCUUGCUUGGGAAUCUUCAUUUGGCAAAGAUGGAAUGGCAGCCUGGUCAGAAGAAGUUUGAAAAGAUUCUCAAGAAUCGAGAGACGGAAAAUGAUCCAUAUUCGCUAAUUGCCUUGGGUAAUGUCUGGCUUCAGACACUUCAUCAGCCUACCAGAGACAAGGAGAAAGAGAAGAAGCAUCAACAAAGAGCACUGAAUUUCUUCCGCACAGUCCUCAGACAUGAUCCAUGCAACAUUUGGGCAGCAAAUGGCAUUGGUAAUGGGUGUGUGUUGGCUCACAAGAAUUACAUCAAUGAAGCAAGAGACAUUUUUGCCCAAGUAAGGGAAGCUACAGCUGACUUUUGUGAUGUCUGGCUGAAUAUUGCCCACAUCUACAUUGAACAGAAGCAAUAUGUCUCUGCCAUUCAGAUGUAUGAGAACUGUCUGAAGAAGUUCUUCAAGCAUCAUAAUGUGGAAGUCUUGCAAUAUCUGGCAAGAGCUUUCUUCCGGAUGGGGAAAUACAAGGAAGCCAAGAUGACACUGCUCCGAGCAAGACAUGUUGCUCCACAGGAUACUGUUAUCCUGUUCAACAUUGCUCUGGUUCUCAAACGUCUUGCCAUGCAAAUUCUCAAGGAUGAGAAGUCUAAUCUGAAGACAGUACUUCAGGCUGUUCAUGAACUCAAAAUUUCUCAUGGAUACUUCCAAUAUUUGAGCAAGAGUGGUGACAAAAUGAAAUUCAACUUGGACUGGGCUGCAGCAGAGUCCCGCCACUGCCUUGACCUCAUAUCUCAGGCUCAGUAUCACGUUGCACGAGCUCGACGAGCAGAUGAGGAGGAAAGAGCUUUGCGCCGUAAACAGGAAGAGGAAAGGGAAGCAUUCAGGCAGAAACAACUCGAAGAGCAGCGGCGACUUGAAGAACAGAAGAGAGCAGAGAAGGAGGCACAACUGAGAAAGAGAGAGGAGUACAAAGAGAAGAUGAAGAAUGCAGUCAUGUUCAAGGUGCUACCUGAGAAGGAGAAGUCAGCAAAAAGACGGAAACGAAGGGAAGAUGGAGAGAUACUCAGUGAAGGGUCAUCUGAUGAAGGACCUCAAAGGUCUGAUGCAGAGAAUCGAGAGCCUCGUCCAAAGAAACGAAGGAAAGAAGGGAGAAGAGAAGGAAAAGGGAAAGGACGACGAAGAAGCCGCAAAGAACAUGCUGCAGGUUCCAGUGGGAGUGAUGGUGCUGGUGGUGGAGAUCAGCCUAAGAGGAAGAGAAACCGGAAACCUCAACAGACUAAAGCACAAAUGAUAGUGGAGAAGGGGGAACUACCCCAAGGAAGCGAAGGAUCAGUUCUGGUUCUGAUUCAGGCUCUCAAAGCAGGAGUCAUUCAAGGGCAGGUUCUCGGAGUGUGUCACGGUCCAGGAGUCCUGCCUCUGAGAAAUCUGGCUCCAUAUCUCGUUCCCAAUCAGCUUCCCCUGCCAGAUCAGGAUCAGGAUCCCGGUCAAGUUCACCUGUCAGGUCACGUUCUGCAUCACAUGCAUCAUCACGCUCUGGGUCUCAGAAAUCUGGUUCUGGAUCCCGUUCAGCCUCUGGGUCUCGGUCAGUGUCCUUAUCUCCUGCUGAAUCCCGAAAGUCUGUAUCUGGUUCUGACAGUGAAGACAACACUCAGAAGUCAUCUAGAAAUGCCAGUCCUGUCCGGAGCAGGAGUGGCAGCAUUUCAGAGUUCACUGGAAAAAAUCCGGUCAUACAGACAUCCGCCGGUCGUUAUGUACUUAGAUAAGGCAUAG